ACAAAGAUGGCUGCUGCUGUUGUUCGGGAUGCAGAGUGAUCUCAGGCUGUCAUCCGAGCGCAGGCCGAGCAGACGCUGACACACCCGAGACCCGGACCCGAGACCCGGACCCAAGACACGAGACCCGGACCCGAGACCCGGACCCAAGACCCGAGACCCGAGACCCGGACCUGAUUCUGUUCUGAAGCAGGGGGCGCACUGACGGACCGCAGACAUGGACACCACCACGUCCAUCAAGAUGACCACCCUGGCCAUCCAGAACCUGUUCAGCUACGUGGAGGAGGAGAACCUGGCGGCCCUGAAGGCUCACCUGGACCGCUUCAAGGAGGUGGACGGACGCAGCGACAACGGUCAGACCCCCCUGAUGCUGGCGGCGGAGCAGGGCAGCAUGGAGAUCGUCCAGGAGCUCAUCAGGAGGGGAGCCAACGUCAACCUGGACGACGUGGACUGCUGGUCGGCUCUGAUCUGCGCCGCUAAAGAAGGUCACGAGGACGUGGUGAAGGAGCUGCUGGAGAACAGCGCCUACAUUGAGCACAGGGACAUGGGAGGCUGGACGGCGCUGACGUGGGCGUCUUACAAAGGUCGCGUGGAGGUCACCGAGCUGCUGCUGGAGCACGGGGCCAACCCCAACACCACAGGACAGCAGUACAGCGUGUAUCCGAUCAUCUGGGCUGCCGGUCGAGGACACGCCGACAUCGUCAAACUGCUGCUGCAGAGCGGAGCUAAAGUCAACUGUUCUGACAAGUACGGGACGACUCCUCUGAUCUGGGCGGCCAGGAAAGGACACUUUGACUGUGUGAUGCACCUGCUGGAGAACGGAGCCGACGUCGACCAGGAGGGGGCGAACUCCAUGACGGCUCUGAUCGUGGCGGUGAAGGGCGGCUACACCGAGGUGGUGAAGGAGCUGCUGAAGAGAAACCCCAACGUCAACAUGACCGACAAAGACGGGAACACGGCGCUGAUGAUCGCCGCCAAGGAGGGCUACACCGAAAUCGUGCAGGACCUGCUGGACGCCGGGACCUACGUCAACAUCCCAGACCGGAGCGGCGACACGGUGCUGAUUGGAGCAGUGCGGGGGGGUCACGUGGAGAUCGUCAGAGCUCUGCUGCAUAAAUACGCCGACAUCGACAUCAGAGGACAGGAGAAUAAAACGGCGCUGUACUGGGCCGUGGAGAAAGGAAACGCCACCAUGGUGAGAGACAUCCUGCAGUGUAACCCCGACACAGAGACCUGCACCAAGGACGGAGAGACUCCUCUGAUAAAAGCCACCAAGAUGAGGAACAUCGAGAUUGUGGAGCUGCUGCUGGAUAAAGGAGCCAAGGUGUCGGCGGUGGACAAGAAAGGAGACACGCCCCUCCACAUCGCUAUCCGUGGGCGGAGUCGCCGCCUGGCCGAGCUCCUCCUCAGAAACCCCAAAGACGGGCGCCUGCUGUACCGACCCAAUAAGGCCGGAGAGACGCCAUACAACAUCGACUGCAGCCACCAGAAGAGCAUCCUCACGCAGAUCUUCGGAGCGCGUCACCUGUCCCCCACCGAGUCUGACGGAGACAUGCUGGGUUACGACCUGUACAGCUCUGCGCUGGCCGACAUCCUGAGUGAGCCCACCAUGCAGCCGCCCAUCUGUGUGGGUCUGUACGCCCAGUGGGGCAGCGGCAAGUCCUUCCUGCUGAAGAAGCUGGAGGACGAGAUGAAGACUUUUGCUGGGCAGCAGAUCGAGCCGUUGUUUCAGUUCUCCUGGCUCGUCGUCUUUCUGUCUCUGCUGCUCUGCGGCUGCAUCGCUGUCGUCCUCGGUUUCACAGUUGACCCAAAACUCGCCAUGGCCGUCUCCCUCAGCCUGCUGGCUCUGCUCUACCUCUUCUUCGUGGUGGUGUACUUCGGCGGGCGUCGGGAAGGGGAGAGCUGGACCUGGGCGUGGCUGCUCAGCACCCGUCUGGCCCGUCACAUCGGGUAUCUGGAGCUGCUGCUGAAGCUGAUGUUCGUGAACCCGCCGGAGCUGCCGGAGCAGAGCACCAGAGCGCUGCCUGUCAGGUUCCUGUUCACAGACUAUAACCGCCUGUCGAGCGUCGGAGGAGAAACGUCAAUGGCUGAGAUGAUCGCCACGCUGUCCGACGCCUGCGAGAGGGAGUUUGGCUUCCUCGCCACUCGCCUGUUCAGAGUGUUUAAAACCGAGGAGACGCAAGGUAAGAGGAAGUGGAAGAAGACGUGCUGCGUGCCGUCAUUCAUCCUCUUCGGCGUGGUGCUGGCCUGCCUGCUGACUGGCAUGGCGCUGCUGGCCGUGUUUAAGGUGGACGGGGAGAACCGCACGGUGAACGCCGUGCUGAUCGCCAUCGGCAGCGUGGUGGGUCUGGCCGUGCUGCUGAACUGCAGGACCUGGUGGCAAGUGACCGACUCGGUGCUGAACUCUCAGAGGAAGAGGCUGCACAGCGCCGCCAACAAGAUGACCAAGCUGAAGAGCGAGGGCUUUAUGAAGGUGCUGAAGCACGAGGUGGAGCUGAUGGCGAGGAUGGCGAAGACCAUCGACGGCUUCACACAGCAUCAGACGAGGCUGGCGGUCGUCAUCGACGGACUGGACUCCUGCGAGCAGGACAAAGUCCUGCAGAUGCUGGACACGGUGCGGGUGCUGUUCUCCAAAGGGCCCUUCAUCGCCAUCUUUGCCAGCGAUCCUCACAUCAUCAUCAAAGCCAUCAACCAGAACCUGAACAGCGUCCUCAGAGACUCCAACAUCAACGGACACGACUAUAUGAGGAACAUCGUCCACCUGCCCGUCUUUCUCAACAGCCGAGGACUCUCCAGCGCCAGGAAGAUGUGCGCGACCGCGCCGGCUAACGGGGACGCCGCCAACGCUGAAGCAGGUUGGCACGAGGAGCUGGACAGGAAACUGUCUCAGCACAGUUUGGGAGAAUUAACCAAGAUUGGCAGCAAGACGACGCUGAACCGCAGAGACACGUACCGGCGGCGCCAGGUGCAGCGCUCGGUGACUCGGCAGAUGUCGUUUGACCUGACGAAGCUGAUGGUGACGGAGGACUGGUUCAGUGACAUCAGCCCACAGACCAUGAGGAGGCUGCUCAACAUCGUCUCCGUCACAGGUCGUCUGCUGAGAGCCAAUCAGAUCACCUUUAACUGGGACCGCUUGGCGUCGUGGAUCAACCUGACGGAGCAGUGGCCCUACAGGACGUCCUGGCUCAUCCUGUACCUGGAAGAGACCGACGGGGUCCCAGACCAGGCCACGCUGAAGACCAUCUACGAGAGGGUGUCGAAGAACAUCCCGACCACCAAAGACGUGGAGCCUCUGCUGGAGAUCGACGGAGACGUGCGCAGCUUCGAGGUCUUCCUGUCGUCUCGGACUCCAGUCCUGACGGCCAGAGACAUCCGGACCUUCCUGCCCUGCACCGUCAACCUGGACCCCAAGCUGAGAGAGAUCAUCGCAGAUGUUCGUGCUGCCCGGGAACAAGUGAAUAUGGGCGGGGUCACGUACCCGCCCCUCCCCAUGCAGGAGGCCCAGCCCCGCCCCACCUCGGUCUACAGCCAGGUGUCAUCGAUGUGCUCGCCCUCCGCCUCCUUCAGCGGGCCUUUCAACCAGCCACCGGGGGGCGGAGUCUCACAGCAGCCUCACAGCAGCUACUACAGCGGCAUGGUGGGGCCACAGCACCCCUUCUACAACCGGCCAUAUUUCCCCCAUCACCUUUACCAGCUGCCACGCCCAUUCGUGGCUUCCUACCCACCACACUUUUAUCCACGCCCACUUCCUAAAACCUACAUCAGCCGGGACGCCGCACCUUAUAGGGUUUCAUCUUUGAAAAGGAAGCAGGGUUCGGCCUCCGUGGUGUCGGGCGCUCCAGCCAUCCUCCUCAGCUCCAUGACGACGGAGGCCGUCUGUGAGCGUGUACGGCAGAUCGAAGGCAUCGACCAGAGCAUGACAGCUCAGUACAGCGCCACCAUCAGGAAGGCGAACGUUAACGGCAGAGUUUUGUCUCAGUGUAACAUUGAUGAGUUGAAGAAGGAGAUGAACAUGAACUUUGGAGACUGGCAGCUCUUCAGAGCCACGGUUCUGGACAUGCGUCACAUAGAGAGUCAGGUGCUGCAUGAGGACGCUGCCAGUGAGCAAGGCAGCGUUGUGGGCGGUCACGUCGAGGCGGGAAGGCGAGCGGUGGCUCCGCCUCACGCCGGCGCUGCCAACCCAGACACUUCCCCGAUGUACAGCUUCAACCUGAGCUUCGAGGAGCUAAGCACUGUGGGACUGGACGAACCAGCAAGAAAUGGAAACAUGCAGUGGAUGGGUGGCGCCCACCGAACAGCCAGCAUGACCAGCCUGAACUCUCAGGAGUCCUCCAACGACAUCUCCAAGCUGACGGACAAGCAGCAGGCCGAGUACCGCAACGCCUACCAGGAGUACAUCGCCCAGAUGGCCCAGGUGGAGAUGGGCGGGGGCAGCGGCGGAGAGAGGCCCGUCCAGCCACAGCCGGGACAGUUCAUGACAUCAUCAUCCGAAGACAAGAGCAAAGAUGGUGGCGAGCAGGACGGACGCAAAUCCUUCACCAAGAGGAGCAGCGCCAAACCGGCACCAGACAACACCGACUUCGCCCCCAAUGGUGACGCACUGGACCCCAUCACAGAGGAGGAUGAGAAGGGAGACCACGGAUCCUCCAAGUCCCUGCUGACCCGCAAGACCUCAGCAGAACGAGGAGGUCUGUUCCAGGGCGCCACCGACCUGAAGCUGAAGGCGGGCGGCGGGCUGCGCUACCAGAAGCUGACCAGUGAUGACGAGGAGUCAGAGGAGUCAGAUAACGCGCCCCUGCUGAAAGACGGCAAGAAGGUGGUCGACCCUAAACUCCCUGGCGGCUCACUGGCGCUGAAGGGUAAGGAUUACCUGUCGGACGCCAUGUUGGACAAGAAGGACUCGUCGGACUCCGGCGUGCGUUCCAAUGAGAGCUCACCCAACCACUCGCUGCAGGACGAGGAGGCGGACCUGUCGCAGCUGGAGAGAGCCAACCUGAUCGAGCUGGAUGAGGAGAGCCUGGCCAGGAAGCGCGGCCUUCCCAGCAGCCUCAGCGGCCUCCAGGACCCGGCCGUCGCCCGCAUGUCCAUCUGCUCCGAGGACCAGUGCAGCCUGCUGGCCAGCAGCCCCGAGGAGAGCUGGCCCUCAUCCAAGAGCUUCAACCUGAACCGCACGCCGAGCAACGUGACCCUCAACAACAACACCAACGCCCAGCAGGGCAACCGCCCCCGCCAGCCUGCAGAGGGCUCCACCUCCUCCAACCCCACCUCCUCCUCCUCCAGUGAUGUCAUCAUCUCCCCGAGCUCUGGCACCUCCGGCACCACCAGGCCGGGGCCGAACAACGAGAACGUCCGAGUGGUUCACCUGAAGAGGGGGCUGAAACCUGGAGACCCACCGGAGAUCUGCACCGUGUCCUCCGACACCGUCACCUUCGGCGAGGAGCGGGAGAGCAUCCUGUGACCUCGUGGUGAAGAUUAAGAGAGCACUGAGUGUCCACCAGGAGCCGGACGCCUUCUGGACCAAUCAGAAGCUUGUUGUUGGACUUUCCCGACUCAUCUGGAACCGGCUCCGCCUACAAGCCUCUGAAGAGACGAGACAACAUUUAACAAGUUUGACGAGUCGAGAAAACGUCAGAAAUCUGUGGAUUGGAGGAUUUGAAAUCUAGAUUAAAACACUAAAAGCACUAAAAGCGUCUCUGUCGAAAUUUAAAGGCUGUUAGAAGUGACGGCUGCUGGUGGACUCGUAGUUUUAGUCUGUAGUGUGAUUAUCGGUCUGUGGUUCAGUGGUUAUGUGAUGCAUGAUCUUAGCUGUCAUUCUGUAGAAACUUUAACUAGAAGCUGCUGCAUGUUGCUGUGAUGUGAUUCGUCGCCUCCGGGAUUCAACACUUCACUUAUUCGUCACAUUAUUGGUUUUAACGGGGUCCACGUACCCGACACAACUCUGCAAAGCUGCACAAAGGGCAAAGAACGAUCAGGAGGUCUUUUAUUCCCUGAAGAUAUACUACUAAAUUAACAAAACACCACUAAAUUCAUAAAAUACUACUAGUGGGGGAAAAGCUAAUUUCAACCUGGAAUGGGGACGCUGGGAGCAUUUGUUGUCUGAGUGGCAUCUCUGAGCUUCAAAAGAACACAAGUUUAGAAACGUGCAAAACACCACAGAAGUCUGGUGUCAUAUUACUGAAUAUAAUCCAUAUAAUGAUGAAGUAACGUUGAACCUCUUUGAUUUGCUCCUAAUUUGGCAUCAUAGAUCUGAAUCCAGUGUUUGUGAUAUUUGGAGAACCCAUAGAUACAUAAAGCAGUUGUUUUUACAGAGGACUUACAGGAGGAAGUGUGUGUGCGGCGAACAGGGCGUGAGGGCUGAAGAACCACUCGCAGCGGGAGCAAGAAUGAUGAUAAAAAUGUAAUUAACGUAUUUGGUGCUUUGAAUCUGACUCAGCAGGACGUCUCAUCACGUUCAAGAUAAACACUGAAAGUACAAAUGUAUUAAUUAAAUAAAAUGUAGAUGAAAUGAUCAGGGAGGAAGAGGCUUAUAAUGAGAGUUGCUGUUCGCUGGUUGGAUGUCCUUGUGAAAACUCUUGUGGAAAAACUCACGUUUCUGAAUGUAGAAAAGAUUAAACGAUGUCUAAACCAAAUUUGUGCACAUAUGAUAUCGGUAUAAAUAUCUGGUCUUACGAAAGGAUUAUCACAGUUUUAAUGCUGAUUUACAGCCACUGGCUUCAAAUUUCUUUCUGCAUUUCAUGUCACAAACUGUAAAUCUUCCAGAAGCUCAUUUGAGCCCAAAGACUGGAUUUAAAAGAGUUUUGAUCCGUUUAAAAGACAAACUUCACUCUGCUGCUGUUCUGGAGGCUGAUGUGCUGCACAGUUUCUCUCACACUGAACUCUUUCAAUCCUUCACAAAGCUGCUGGAUUCACUGUUUGUUUCUGAUUGGCCUGUAUAAUAAUCUUUUUAUUGACUUUGAAGAACAUUUAGAUUUGAUCUGCUUUUUCUUCCCUUGUUUCUGUUAGUUUUUUCUCAUUUCUGCAACAUCAAAUCAUCAAUAAGUGAAAAGCAAAGCAGGUGUGAACAACUCAAACUGACUUUAAACCUUAAAGUAACUUCAGUGUGUUGGAAACUCUGUUCUUCUGUCAGCAUGAAGUCGAAGCUGAACUCGUGUCACUUCAGUGUUUGUUUAGAGACAAAGUUGUUUCUAGUUUUGUGUUUUAGUCAAACUAGUAUCAGUGAUCGUGUUUCACCGUCGUGCUGUUGAAUCAGAGCUGAUACUAAGAACUGGAGGCCAAAAAUUAAUAAAUUAACAUAAUGAACUGAAUUUAUGGACAAAAGAAGAUAUUUAAAGACGUCACCUUGAGCUCUGGGAAGUUGUGAUGAGCAUUUUCAGUUUUCUGUUGUUUUACAGAUAAAAUGAUUCAUUAAUUAAGAAAAUAAACAGAUGAAUCAACAAUGAAAAUAAUCGUAGCAGUGACUCAGAUACAGACCAAAAAACAAAGUAAUCAGUUGAUGAACUCCUGCAAAGGCUUUAAAUGACUUUUUGCCUCCAAAUUAAAUGUUUGUCACUUUUAGGAAAUUCAUCUUAAAGUUCUCCUUUAAGUCAAUGAAGUUCUGCAUGUUUGAAACCGCUGAAGAAGAAAUUUAUUCACGACUUUCAGAGACCAAUUAAUUUAAAUAAAUUCAGAAUAUGAAGCAGCAGAAUAAUCUCAGUAUCAGCUGUCGGUGUGUUUUCAUGUCGUCAGGUGAAGCUGCAUUGUUGAUGUUUUAUAGUCGUGUCUCAGAGCUCUCAGCUGAUCCAACAUCUGUUAACAUGUGUCGUCCUGUAACUUCUCCUCUGAAGGUGAAUUUAAAAUGUUGUAAACUAAAAGAAAUAAAAUCUGGAUGGUAAA